AACUCCAGCCACCAGAAUUGUAAAGCGAUGAGGGACAGUUUAAUGUACACUGGAAAAUUAUGCAGCAAAUGGAUUGCAUUGCCCCUAUCUUUUCAGCCUGGUUUCUUUAAAGAAAAUCGUCGGUGUCAACUGGCUUGGGUUUUUGUAAUCGCUGCAUUUUGCAUAGCCGUCAGUGGAAACUUUUAUCAAACAGUUGAUAGUGUCUUCUGAUUAAUGUAGGCUCGUCAGCUUCCUACAUGAUAGGUUCUUCACAGGAUGCAACAGUCUAAGGGAAAUUGCCCCACGACUUUCAAGAUAAAUACUCUAACCAAAACACAUACGAGGCAGGUCUCUUCCUCUUCCAGUUAAGAACUAGUUUUGGUCUUAUCUUUCUGACAUCUGACGUUCUCCCAUCUUUUAUUUAUUAGUGCAAGAUUUGUUAAAAUAGGUACCUUCAUAGAGAAAAUAAUUUCAUUUUCAUUGUGUAGUAAGGGUGCUUAAUAUUUUGAGUGCUAGGAUGCAUACUCUGAGCACACUUGGCUGAAACAUUUGUAACAGGCAUUGGCAGACGGUCUUACAGAGCACCAGAAGGGACAUCCUAUUUAUUCUAGGCUGGAUUAAGUCAUUGGGAUCAACAAGCCAAAAAUGCCAUCAGAGAAAAACAAAUGAAGUGGAAGACACUGGUGGGAGAAAGACAUACCUUGUGAAAGAUAAAACGACAAAAUACCAAGACCUAGGAUCACACCAUCCAGUCUGUUUUCUGCUGCUGCUGCUGCUGCUGCACAGUGCAAAAAAGAGCAAUGAGAACAAAAAUGAACCUGGACCCUGGUACCGGCCUGGUGACCCAGUACUCAGCCUCACAACCAGACAUUUCCUAUGGUUCUGCUUGGAAGUGCAAGCGUAAGAGGCAAAUGCAGUUAAAGAACAAGCCGUUACCUCCUCUACCUGCUGAGGCCUUGGAAGACUACACAAAAAAUCCCAGAGUUAUUGCACUCUAUGACUUUUUUGCUAGAGGACCUUCGGAUUUACCGCUCAAGAAGUCAGAAGAAUACAUUAUCCUCGAACAGUAUGAUCCCCACUGGUGGAAGGCAAGAGACCAACAUGGGAAUGAAGGUCUAAUUCCCAGCAACUAUGUUACCGAGAACAAGAAAAGUAAUUUAGAAACAUAUGAGUGGUACUGCAAAAACAUAAACAGAAGCCAGGCAGAACUUCUCUUGCGCCAGAAGGCCAAAGAAGGUGCGUUUGUUGUCAGAGAUUCAAGCCAACAGGGACUUCUUACGCUGUCCAUGUAUUCGCAAGCCAAAGGAAGUCAUAAUGGAGAUAUUCGACAUUAUCAAAUUAAGAAAAACCACUUGGGACAAUAUUAUGUAGCAGAAAAAUAUCUCUUUUCAUCUGUUCCGGAACUCAUCGAGUAUCAUCAACACAAUGCUGCAGGCCUUAUCACUCGUCUCCGACAUCCAAUUGGAUCAGAUGGAUGUUCUUCACCAGCAACAGCAGGAUUUAGUUAUGAGGAGUGGGAAUUAAACCCAUCUGAACUGACGUUCAUGAAAGAACUUGGACGUGGGCAGUUUGGAGUCGUUCAGCUGGGCAAAUGGAAAGCAACCAUCAAGGUUGCCAUCAAAACAAUCAAUGAAGGUGCAAUGUCUGAAGAUGAUUUCAUCGAGGAGGCCAAAGUGAUGAUGAAACUCUCCCACCCGAAGCUGGUCCAGCUUUAUGGAGUGUGCACACACCACAAGCCUCUCUAUGUUGUGACCGAAUUCAUGGAAAACGGCUGCCUGCUCAACUACCUUCGGCAGCGGCGAGGGAAACUCGGCAGAGACAUGCUGCUGAGCAUGUGCCAGGAUGUGUGCGAAGGGAUGGAAUACCUGGAAAGAAAUAGCUUUAUUCACCGUGAUUUAGCUGCAAGAAACUGUUUAGUCAACGCUGAGCACAUCGUUAAAGUAUCCGACUUCGGCAUGGCGAGGUAUGUCAUUGAUGACGAAUACAUCAGCUCUUCAGGUGCCAAGUUUCCAGUCAAAUGGUCAUCUCCCGAAGUCUUUCAUUUCAAAAAAUAUAGCAGCAAAUCAGAUGUCUGGUCAUUUGGUGUACUGAUGUGGGAAGUUUUCACAGAAGGCAAAAUGCCUUUUGAAAGCAAGUCAAAUUCUGAAGUUGUCCGUGAGAUUUCUCAGGGUAACCGACUUUAUCGACCCCAUUUGGCAUCCUAUACCGUGUACAAAGUCAUGUACAGCUGCUGGCACGAGAAACCUGAAGGACGUCCUACUUUUGCAGAGUUAAUAGAGACCCUCACAGAUAUAACGGAGAUGGGCUAAUGGGCGCUUUUACGUGAAUGUUUUACUGAAAGGUUAUCAUUAAGCAUGUCAGUAACAUAGCCGAUAAAGAAAACCUCAGCCUUUUGCAGCAGUCUCCACUUAAACUGCAGUACCAACACCCUACAUACUGAAGCAGCUGUUCAGGCUUGGCCUAAUUUUUACUCAUUUGAGAAAGAUACCUCAGCAGACUGGUUCGGGACUCUCAAGGCUCUGUUUUCAUCAUUAGGGAAAAAAAUCUGACUGGAAAGAAGUAACCAAGCUUACUUACCAUACAGGCCUUUUUAUUUAUUCUUUUUGUCAGAGCUACACUAAUUCUUGUAACAAUAUUAUUAAAUUAUUCGGUACCAAAUAUGACUCGCGCACUGGGGAAUACUGAUUGGAAGCAGCAAUUAAUGAUGGAGGUACCUCUGCUAAAGCUCUAGCUAGGUCACGUUUAAAGGCAAGCCCUUUUGCUGCGAAGCAUGCAGCACUGAAGCAACGGAGCAGCCUUUCAGAAGGGGCAUCAAGCGAAGUCCCAACCGCCGGAGCAGCACCCACGCGUGUGGAGAAAGACGGGCAAAGGCAGCAAAGGGAGCAGUCGUCAUUUAGCAGCUCCCAAGUCACAACUCAGCCGCUGGAAAGGUUGAGCAUCCCUGAAGCAUUUUAAACCUGCGUGGCAACUUAAGGUGCCUUCUCUACCGAUUCUGUAUAAAAGAAGGGGAGUGAGGAUUAUUUUAUCCAAACCUCUCCCACAAUUUUCCAGUAUCGUCUCCCACUUCUUGCCUGCUGCUGCCGACUCAAACGCCCACACUCGCCGUAGUCCUCCCCUUGCAAGCGCCCAGAAUGGUUACUGGGACACGUUAAAGCUGACGGUAAAAUAAAGUGCUUUGAAUUAGUCUAGCUCACAUGGAUCCUGUGAUACCUGACACGGACAACCCUACUUCUUAUGUUAUUAUUCACUUUUAAUUUUAAAUCUGAACUUUGGUCGACACAAAUAUAUUCUAGAGAAGAAAAAAGGCAGAUGCAGUUAAUAGUUGUGUAAUAUAAA